UUGGGAAGCCAACGAAUGAGGUUAUACACACAUCAGCAUCACCGCAGGUGUAUUUGCAGCAGCACAUUGGAAUAUACACAUCUCACUGCAUCGGAACCAUACCUGUGCGCACGUGUGAUAGGGGGUGUUGGUGGCCUAUGAAUGGGGCCGAGUGUGCCCCCCACCACCACACCUGCCUCUGCGCCCGUGGGGACUAUGCGUUGCACAACCCUGAAUGCACUGGCCGGUGGUUUGCGAGAACAGGGAGGGGGGCGGAGCGGCGGCAAGGGGUCGAGGGGAGCGCAGCAUGCCCCCUCCCUUCCGCAUCGCCGUGCUGGGUGCGCAGGGCGUGGGCAAGACUGCCAUCGUGCAGCGCUUCCUCCACGAUGACUACAGCGAGGCGCCUGCCCCGGCAACCAGCCGUGCCCGUCGGGUCCACCUGUCGGCUGCCGUACUCAAUGGCCACGUGCAUGACUUGCAGAUCACUGACUAUCCUGCCAUCACCAGCUUCCCCUGCAGCUCACUGCAGGAGUGGACAGACACCUGCUGCCGAGGUAUCCGCAGCGCUCACGUCUACAUCCUGGUCUAUGACAUCUGCUGCUUCGACAGCUUCGAAUACGUCAAGACUAUGCGCCAGCAGAUCCUAGAGACCAGGGUGGUGGGCACAGGCGACACGCCCAUCCUGAUUGUGGGGAACAAGCGGGACCUGCAGUGGGGGCGUGUCAUCCCCCGCCACAACGUGUCCGACCUGGUUAGGAAGAACUGGAAGUGCGGCUACAUGGAGUGUUCGGCCAAGUACAACUGGCACGUGCUGCUGCUAUUCGGGGAGGCUAUGCGCAGUGUGGUCUGUGCCCGCUGCAAACACGCCCAUGCCACCAUUCGCUUCCAACGGGCACUGAGGAACGAACGCUGUGCCCUCAUGUGAUUUACUCAGUGACGGUGGGUGGGCACCGGAGUGGCAUUGAGGGCCAUUGGUACAGUAAACUUCCCUAGGAACACCUGAGAAGUAUUGAUGGAUCACUGUGACUGACUACCAUGACUGACCACGUUUCUGCCCCAUGUGAAACUACAGUAUUAACAUGUAACACCCCUCUGUUUUGCUGUUGAUAUAUGACUUACUUGAUCAGAUGGAGAGUACCACCCUAUCCAUCUUUGUAAAGUAUCUUUGAUAUUUUCUUGACUUGGAGGCAGCUAAACCAACCAAAACCCCUGGCUAUACAAUUCUGAACUUAUCCAAGUGCACUAAAGAAACUUUCCAGCAUCUGGUAGUCGCUCCCGACAGACAGAUUGGCUUAUGUUGUUUGACUAACCUGGGCGUUGAUCAAUGUGUGACAUUGCUAAUGUCAAAGCCACCUUUGGAGUGGGAUUGAGGCUGGCAUCUGCUGAUGCGGGGGCAGGCAGAUGGAUCCUUCCGUUCCUGGGCUCGGUGCAUUCUCUUUCUCUGCUCUGAUAUGUCUUGAAGGUUUUACACUUGAGUGUAAAAUCCCCCAAGGUAGCAUUACGAAUUCCAUACACAAGCGCUGAAACAAAACAAGCACAAACAAAAAAAUCCAACUGUCAUUCAAUUUAUAAGUUGAAUGCACCAAUUUGUAAGUCGCUCUGGAUAAGAGCGUCUGCUAAAUGACGUAAAUGUAAAUGUAAAAUUUAAGCCAAUCGCAAAAGACCCUCUCCUUCACACCUUCUGAAACCAAAACAAACAACCAUAGAGACACAGUGUCCCACACAGUGUUUAACCUUCUAGUAGCUUACAAAACACUGACAGUCCUUACCAGAGAAUUGUCUGUUUCAUUUACUGAGGACACAUCCCUUUUUACCGCAGGGUUUCUAGUCCUUGGUGAAGGUUUAAGCAAGCCUAGUGAAUUUCAAAGUGGAUGGUGACAUUCUGUUAUUUGGAGUAAUAUCACCCAAUCCAGUCCACCUUUACACUCCAACCGCAAACACAACCUUGUACAUCAUAAAUCUAUAAUUGUAGAUGCACAUGAUAAGGGUUUUUAAAACAAAAUAAUGUGACAAAAUACUUUUGCAAGGCACUGGAUGUACUGUAUAUAAAGUUGU